AUGCCAACCUACUUGUGCCACGGCUUCCGAUGGACGCGCCGGAUGAUUCGCAUCUUCGUCAUCCUCGAAGAUCUGGACGAUGCCGCCCCGGAUUGGAUUACUGGUCGCCACUCCUCGGCCGCCAUCCUCGAACGCUUCGGUACCAAGUUUGACUACUUGCCUCAACGCCUGCCGCAGCAACAGGCAGAACAGCCGUCUGAACAGGGACCGGGGCCUCAGCAGAAGCAGGCGACGCAAGACGAGAAAAUAGCUGCGCAUCAGGACGACGACUUUUCCGUCCCGCCAUCUCGAGUUCCUGACUCCGAGGACAGUGUCCUGGUCCACCAGUGGUCUCCGGUGAAGCUGCUGGAGGAGUGGGAUCCGGAGGAGACGUCCAUCUCGGCGCGACCAUUUGCCUACGUCGCAGACCACGUCAUUCGGAUAGAUCUAAGCGCCAACGUCUUGGAGGAGAUGGCCAAGUAUGAGGCUCUCGUCAAGGAGAGGAACGAAGGCAGCUGGUUUGAGCGGCUGCGUGACGAACUGCAAGAGGGGUCGCCUAUUGAGUGGUACGUGGUCGUCAAUGGAGAUGAGGAGCGG